GCAGCAGCGACGUCGCGCCGCCGAGGCGGCUGCCGGAGGAGGCCGCUGCGCGGGUUGUGUUCUUCUCCGCCGUCGCCUCGCCGGCCCUCGCCAUGUACCGGCCGAGCUUCCGCCCCCCGACGCCCCCGUUCGCGGGCGGCGGCUUCCGGAGCCCUCCCUCCGGCGGGGGCCCCGUGCCGCCCUCCCCGCGGGGCUACGGGAACCCCCACCAAACGCCGCCCUUCGGCCACCGGCCCGGGCCGUACGGCAGCGGCCACUCGCCCCGAGGCCACGGCUUCCACGGCGGCGGCGGGCGGUUCGGGAGCCCGUCGCCGGGGGGACAGACCCCGCGCAGGCCGCAGAGCGUCAGCCCCCGCUACCCGGCUCCCUACGGCGGCAAAUCCCCGGCCGGAGCUCCCCCGCACCAGCACAGGCGCUCGCCCGGGGGCUUCCAGCGGCAUUACCAGGGAUCACCCAGGACAUCUACUCCAUUUGGUACAGCGCAUGGCAGAGAGAAAAGAGAGUCUAAUGAUGUGGAAAGCUAUUACAGACCUUCAAUGCUUGAGGACCCAUGGGCUGGCCUAGAGCCAGUUUCUGUUACAGACAUAAAGCAGCAAUACAGCAGUGAGCAAACAACAUAUACUGGUAAAAAAGGGAGAUAUUUCAGCUAACACUUUUAAAGGCCAAAUAACUCCAUCUUACCAGGAAAACUUUUGGACAAAAUCUUUACACUUACACAAGGUGAACAGUAAUCAAGACCUUAGAUAAUGCUUUUAUCACAUGUCCAGCCUUUUAUCCUACCUUUUUUUUUUUUAAUUGCAUUGGAUAUUUUUAUGUAUGGGAGGGAAAAGGAGUGGUAGGAAAAGUUACGUUUCUGGCUACGUGGAAGUGCCUACCAGCUUUGAAGAACAAAGUGUUCUUUAAUCACCAGCGACUGAUUUGUGACUGUUAAAACAGGUUUCCAUAUAUUUACCUCUUCCAUGCCAGGUUGUUAGUCUUUUAUUGUAAACUCCUUUAGGAAAUGGUAUUUUUUUAUGUUUCAACAUUUUUAGGAUGAAGUAACUUGGAAAUAAAGUUUUGUAAAGCCUUGUUUUGUAAUGUAUAAAGAUUAUUUUAGGACUUGUGUUCAGGUGUACACUAACAUAAAUAGUACUAGUGAAAUAGGUGAUUUCUGUAAAUGUGUUUGUAUGUUGUAGUUAAUCUCUGAUUUUGUGCCUAGUAUUUUUUGUUAAUUGUAGUGUAACAUGAAGUUGAAAGGUGACUUUUAGCCAUCUCAGGAAACAAACGUAUUGUCUUUGAAAAGUUAAAUUUGUUGAACCAGCUCUUGAGUCAUAAACAUAGUUCUGUAAUAAUUUGCUUUUGUGUUUUAUAAAAAAAAUCUUAUUUGGAACAAAAUUAGACAUUUCUGUAUUAUGGUAAAAAGUCUGUUCAGUGGCAAUUUAAGUCUAGAAGCACAUAAAAAAACAUCAAGGUAAAAUAAAUGCAAAUGUACUUUCUGGAUCCACGUUAGAAUAGCAUAAAUAGCAUAGAAUAAAUGAAAGUUGGUUACACAGUUUAGGUUAAUACAUACAUAGCAUUUCUCUUUUUGUCUGCACAAGAUUUUUCCUUUUUUAAUUUUUACCUAUGACAGGCAUUGUUGCCUAGGAAAGUCUUGCUUUGUGUGUGUGCAUGCUCUAUUUUUAUAUUGAAGAGGAAAACAAGGAGGGUGUCUUUAGACCUUGUCUGUAUGUGGAAGAUCCAUUCUUAAAUCCAGUAUUGGAUAUUGUAAUCUAGAAUAAAUAAGAAAUGGGUCUAGCUGCAGGCAUGCUCUUAGCAUGCCAUGUUAAGCCUGCAGUAAAUAUCUCAAUUUCUGUUGAACUUACCAGUAUUUGUUUGUUGGCUUUGGUUUUUAAGCGGUAGGUAGUGGGUGAAAACUUAGUUAAAAUAAAUAAAAACAUCAGUUUUCAAAACGUAUGUUUUGUUUUAAGCUUCUUACAGACCUCACAGAAAACAUGUUUUUGUAGUCCUGAAACAUGGUUAGGUGGAAAAGCACAGGGAAUCACAUUAGACUGACUAUUCUUAGUAACUUGUCUUUUGCUGAGGCAUAGUAGUCCUAGAUACUUCUUCACCUGUUUCAGCAUAAAAUGUAUUGGCUUAAUACUGCCUCCAGGAACAACUUCCAACUGAAAGAGGGGGUUAACACAUUUAAAUAUAUGCUGCCUGAGUCUCUUGCACUUUUAUGACCAUAAUCUACAGUUUGUCACUUGUGUCUUCCCCCAGCUGACCUUAUUGCUUUAGUAUUAUAUCCAAAAAGACUGCUCAGAGAACUGACAACAUGUCUGCUUGAUAUCGAGAAUGGUUAAAUCUUCAUCAUGGAAUCAAAACUGUGCCUUCAGUGGCAGCUGUCAGUAUUGUUAUCUGCAAUGUGUACCAGCAAAACUGAGAUACGUGACUGAGGUAGUCUUUAGCAUUUAUAAAUAAACUCAUCAGUGUCAUUGUGAAAAGUGCAGUGUAAAGUCUUAUUUCCUUUUUUUAACCUUGUCAGGUGCUGUAAAGCUCACCAAAAAAAGCUAAGGGUGUUUAACAGUCAUAUUUUUUUGUUACAAUUUCCUUUAUAAUUCAGUGCAGUAAAUGUUUUGCAGUGUUUGGUGGUCUUGGUGAAACGGAUACGGUGUUAUUUAAGAGACUAAAGUUAUGGCGUGUUCUCAGUCAGACAUGAGAAGAAACUGGGUUCCUUCAAGGGAAGGAAAAGGAUUCAUGGCAGAAGAGACUGUUAGAGGUGGGACUGUUUAUACAGUAGCCAAUAUCGGCUGCCCUUGCACAUUGCAAAGAUGCAUUUUUCCACUUUGACUUUGCAGUUGGCCCAGGGAUCAAAGCCAGCCUCCUCUGGUAAUAACUGUUAACUCCUGCAACCUGGUGUCAGACAUCAACAAAGGUAAACGUUCCAGAAAGAGAGUUGAGGAAAUAGUCUUGAAGCAUUGUUUAAUCAAUACAGGCCUUCCACAAUGCCAUCUGUUAAGCUGCUGCUCCAGUACACUUCAGGAUAUGACCCAACAAUUAUAAGUACAUCAUACUGCUGAAGACUCCAGUAAUUUGGUCAAGAAUCAGCAAGGAAUUAAAAUGUAGAUGUAAUAAACUUAUAAACCUCAUCACACUGCAACAAAAACUUAGAAAUUACUCACCUUUCUGGCUUCUAGGAGAAAUUCUGCAAUUACAGUAUAACUUUAAAAUGUUGUUGUUGAAUACCUGUAAAAUAUAGGAACACAUGUUCAGAACUAUAAACAUAAUGUACUUAAAGACAAUAUAAACUUUGUCUUUUUUGAUAUGGUAUCCAGGAAGUUUAAUCACUUACUUCCUCACUGAUUUUUGUCCUUUCUCCCAUGUGGCAAACAUUCUUUUCCCCAUAUGUUUCUCAUGAAGAUAGGAUAUAUCACUUCCUCAUUUGUUACUGAAGCCACUUCAUAGUAACGGUGUGGUUCUGGAAAUAGCAUUUGAUGAUAAAAAUACAGAACAAAAACAUCCUUUCGUCAUCAACCCAUGAAACAAAGUAGUGCCUCUGUCUUGUUAAAGAAGGGAUUCUUCUAUAAUCAACACACUAAGAAUGUGGGCAUCGUUCUUUCUUCAACAGACUUCUUAGACUUGAAGCAUCUUCUAAACAGCCACAAGACCUGCUGCAGAGCAACUGCUCUCCAUCUCCUGACCUUUCCAAUGAGCAGAAGGAAAAAGCAAGGUGCCAUUCUAAGUGUAUUGAUGUAUCGGAUAAAACCAGCAGAAACCCAUCUAAUCAAAGUCUAGCCUUUACCAGCAGGUAGUCUGUUGCUAUGUAAGCAUCUCAAAAAUAAUAAUCCAAUUCCUGGUGUUACUUACAGGCCUGGGGAGCAUCGUCAGUACAGCAGAGUUCCCCUUCCAACACCUCCUGGCAAGGAGGCUCUCUAGUGAAAGAGUCUACACCUUCAAAAGCAGAGCAUUUCCCUUGAAGUUCAGCAUGAGCUUUUUUAAGUUGUUUGCAGUAUCACAAAAGCAUCAGCACAGAAUGUGGGCAGGAGUCCAGAACACAUUACAAGUCUCCCCAGAAGUGACACAGAAGAGUCAAAACUGAAGAAGGCCUGCAUUCAUUUCUUUAUGCUGUUUCUUCAUGGGCUCCACAACACCCUUUGUGGCAAAGUCUUCACUGUUCUGGACUCCCUUCCCACCAGCUGACAAUCUUCUCUUUGGCUGACACUCCAUUUGAACCAGAUACUUCUCUCUUACCACACUUCACUCUUAUGUGACUUAAGCUAUCCGUAAGUUACCUUCUUCAGAGCUAUCUGUGGCACAAGAUGAUUUUUCCAUCCUGAACUGACUACCACUAUUCCUCUGGUUCUCCUGAAAAAGCAGAAAUUGCAAAUGCUUUCAAAUCAAACAAGUUAGAACUUGGAUAGUUGAAAAUGUGUUUCAUAUUAAACUUGCUGAUGUCUGAAACAAGAGAGCCGACUCAAGUGAGCUUUUCCAGCAAUGAAUCACGGGACAGAAGCUGUCAGUAACCUCCUUAGUAGUACUACUGUUGCUGUUACAACAUCAAUUGCAAAGUGAUCUGUGAAGGUACUUCCAUCUGUAACCUGUCUGCAUCUUCCUCCUUUUUUCUUCCUGCAAAUUCUUUGCAGGUUUCUGCCUCAUUAUAUUUGUCCAGUUGGAUUUUUUUAUUUUAGUGUGUUUUGUUUUUUUUUUACUAUUUCCCAAUUUUAAGCAUCUUUCAAAGAAGAAAAUGUUUUUUCAAGUUCUGAGCAAAAUCUGUACAUAUUCAGUCCCAAAAAGUGGGUUCAAUGAUGCUAGUUUGUUCAGAGGCAUGGAAUACAGAGCUUUUCAGCAAAAUGUGGAUUCCAUAAACUAAAGUAGCAAGUGAAAUAUUUUUUCCUAAUAAACUAUACAUAGAUUUUGUUAAAUCCCAAA